UCUCAUAUUGGAAAGCUGAAAGAUUUUCUUCUGCAACACAGAAAAGAUUACAUUAAUGCUUACAGCCAUAUUAUGUCUGAGUAUGUGAGGAUGACAGAUACAGAGCGUGAUCAGAUAGAUCAAGAUGCUCAGAUAUUUAUGAGGACAUGUGCCGAUGCCAUUCAUCAGCUGAGAACAGAAGCACACAAGGGUGUCCAGUCUGCUCAGGUAAAGGAGCACAGAACAGCUGUCUUGGACUUCAUUGAAGAUUACUUAAAAAGAGUAUGUAAGCUGUAUUCUGAACAAAGAGCCAUCCGAGUUAAGCGAGUGAUAGAUAAGAAGAGACUGUCCAGACUUGAACCUGAGCAGAGCAAUGUGUCCAAAUCACCUCUUUCUGCUGAAAAAUCUUCACAGAAUCCUUUAGAUGAUUCUGAAGAAAAACUUUCUGCUGAGGAAAGCAGAGACAGGAAUCUGCCUGAUGCCCAAAGUAACCUUGGAUUAUGGGGAGACGGCAAAGGUGAAGAUGAGCUGUCACCUGAAGAAAUACAAAUGUUUGAACAGGAGAACCAGAGACUCGUUGGUGAAAUGAAUAAUCUCUUUGAUGAAGUCAGACAAAUUGAAGGAAAAGUGGUGGAAAUCUCCAGAUUACAAGAGAUAUUCACUGAAAAAGUCUUGCAACAGGAGACUGAUAUUGACAAUAUCCAUCAACUAGUUGUGGGUGCAACAGAGAAUAUCAAAGAAGGCAACGAAGACAUAAGAGAGGCAAUCAAAAACAAUGCUGGAUUUAGAGUAUGGAUCCUAUUCUUCCUUGUGAUGUGUUCGUUUUCCUUGCUUUUCCUGGACUGGUAUGAUAAUUAAUUAAAAAUAUAGUAUUGUCUAUAUGCUUUGUUUGUAAAACUUCUGACAUUUUUUUCAAUGGAGCGGGGUAUAUGGCAUACCUGUGUAUUUUAGGCAUUUUUUCAUACCGCUAUGAUGGAAGUAUUUUCCAAUGAAUAAGCACGUGUAUAUAUCCGUUAGUGCAGAGGGAGCAGCUAGCAUUCAUUUUAAAUCCCUUUAUCAAACGUAAAACCACACUUGAUCCUGCGAAGAACAUAGAAACCUUUGAAAGAGCUGGUAAGAAAGCUACAAGCUGGAGCACAGCUAAGAGAAGGAGGGAAAAAAGCGAUAAUGGUUUUAUCAGUGUCACCCGCGCAUCUGUGAUGUUUAAAGUCCAGCUCCCAGUGUGCAGAGCAGAUCAAGAGAAAAUUCUUCCUGUGCAAAAGCGUCUACACUCUCUCAGGCUUUUAUUUAAUCAUACCACUUCAGUACACAGCGAUCAUUUUGCACACGGAUGACCUCUACUUCUGAUCCUUUGAAACUACUCGAGUCAGAGAUCAGGUUGAUUUAAUAGUAAUAAUAAUGAUAAGUCAACUAAAGAGCUUUACUUCUAGGUGAAAAGAGAGAAUGCAACACAGACAGACGGUGCAGCGAAAGAGAUGUUCUGCGAUGUCAGAACAAAGCCAAAGGAUAGAUAGUAUUAAAGCCAAACUCUUCAAAGUACUUAAAUUGGGAGCAAUUUGUUAACUAAAAAAAAAAAGUCUCAAAACCAACUGUAACUAAGAAUCAGUAAACUCCCUCCUGUUAAAUCAGAGGAAAAAAUGGUUUUGACUUCAAGAAGCAUAAGGGAUCUGUUUCUCCUAGAUCGUAAAGCUUAGUAUUUUUUCAAUGUUUAUUGUUAUGAGAGAAAUAAGCUGUUUCUCAUCAGUAUUUACUUGAGCAUUAAAGGUUUCUUUAUUUUAUUUUUAUUGUCCUAAAUUUAAGGGGAGGAGAUGUAUCAUGAGUCAUUUCUAUGUAGGACAGUCUUGGGGAACAGAUCUUUCCCUCUUGUAAAAUCCGAAUGUCCUCUGUAAAUAUGUUGAUAUCAAAUGUGUGUUUUGCUAGCUCUCUUCUGAAAUGUGUAUUUCUAUACAUUAUACGCAACAAGCAGCAGCAUCCUUAUUCUUUACUCUGCACAGAGUGAAAAUGUCAAAAGUUACAUAUGAAUUAAUUACAUUCAACGAAGCAUAUGCCUGUUAGAAAAUGCAAACAUGGUAUGUUUGGAAUAUCUUAACAUAAGCUUGGAAUUUUUAAAUGCAAAGAAAAAUUUGGCACAUCAUUUAUUGCUUUUUAUGCACUCCACAUACCCUACUGACUUAAUAAAAAGCCUUCUACAGCUAUGCUGUGUAAUGCACAUUUCAUAUCAAAACUAGAGAAUUAAGUAAUAAUGGUUAUUUUUACUGUAUUGGUAAGAAAGGUGGUUGAUAAAGCAAUUCUACUGGAGAAAAAUAAAAGUAGUGCUGACCAUGUUUGUUCUACUACAGAUCUUGAGAAAGGCUGCUGUCUUCCCUUCAUUUUUGUAUAGUCUCUACCAAAAAAAGGAACUUUUGACAUGUCCACUACACCUUGUCCCAUUCAAGUUACGUGAACAGAAAGGUCACUUGCUUGCCCAGAUGCUUCACACACUUAUUUUGUCUAACUGUUAAAUUAAUGUCUUUUUUGUAAUAUAUUUAAGAUUUAUAAUAAAAAUGAAAACAUGGUUUCACACAAAGAAUAGAUAAGUUUGUAAUUACAAUGGAACUUUAACGUGCAUCCACAAUACUAUGUUCUUCUACAUCUUUUCCCCUCCCAAGCCAUACAUAAACAUUUCUACUCUUCACUGUUUCACACGUAGCAAUAAAACAGCCAGUUGUGUUAUCUAGUACGCUAUUGUUUCACUUAUGAUGCUCUGUGUUCUAAAAAGUAUCAAACUGCAAACCAUACAUAAACUGAAAGGCCUUUCUAAUUAAUAAAAAGGGAAAAUGUUAAGGUAAUAAAAGAGAAAACUUAGAGACAUUACUCCCUCAGUUGUAUCCACCGAAUUACAUAGUGGACUACAUCUACUGUGAAUAGGCUUUCUGCCUCUUAAGUAUGAUCAAAAGAUGUCAUUUCUCAUUAGAACAUCCUGAACUGUGUAUUUUUUACACUAUCCUCCACAUCCAUCACUAAAACUGUCUGUGUUUUUCCAUAAUGUCUAUCUAGUUUGUGUUCCAGUGCACAUCCUUAUCAAGAUGCUAAAGCCACAGUGGAAAUGCAGUUAAAUCCUGUCGACAGCAAUAAUAAAACAUUGAGCAU